AGCUAAGCAAGCCAAGUCUUCGUCACGACGGUCGAAAGGGCCGUUGGAUCGGGUGCUGCGAUGCCUAUUCCUGGCUCUCGCAUUCGCCCGUCUGCCGACGGCCGAAACCUCCCGCAUCGAUUCCACGCUGUUCCCACCUCACCCCUCGCCGGCUGCUCCGAUUCCCACCUUUCCUCCCUCCUUUAAUGUCCUGCUCCCCCCACCCUCCCUUCACUCCGACUCCACGCCUCCUGCCUCUGCUCCCCCUCGCGAUCCCGGACGACGCCGCAGCCACCGGAACACAUGGAGCAAAAACUUGUGCUUUCAGAGCAGGAACCUUCAUAUCUUGAUUUCACUUCCACGUCAUCUCUUUUGCUAUGGUGCUCUAUUGAUUCUAAAGGCACACAUACUGAGUUUCAGUGGACUGAUUAUAGUGCUGCAGUUUUCAGGAAUCUUCAAGAGUUUGAUGAAAUUAAUUUUGAUGACUAUUCGGAUUCAAUGCGUCGUCGUGAAACCUUAAAGCUUCUUUUUUCAAAUAAAAAGAAUGUUACUUCUCUCCGUUUACCCCAUGAUGAUAGGUUCAUCUUGAAGAUCAUAAGCAAAUCACAAAUGAAGGUCUUCUUGGAAAUGCUACCAAAAUAUUAUCAACAUGUGAAGACAUACAUGAACACUUUACUAGCAAGCUUCUAUGGGCUUCAUGUUGUGAAGCCACGUGGUGGACAAAAGGUUCGCUUUAUAGUAACCAGAAACGUUCUUCAGUCAGAUUCAAGAAUUCACAAGCAUUUUGUUAUCAGAGGUUCACCACAUAGCUACCAUGUGAACAAAGCUGGAGAUGAGGAAGAUCUGAACAUGACUUUCCAUCUACAUACAUCUCAUCGGAAUAAAAUUCUGAUGCAAUUAAAGCAUGACUGCAAUUUUUUGGAAGAAGCAGGCAUCACACAUUACUCUCUUUUGCUGGGAAUGCAUAUUUGUUCAACACCUUUUGAAGCUGCUCUUCAAGUUCGCCACUCUCCGCGAUAUUCAACAGGUUCAGCUGAUUGCAGUGAGAGUUCAGAUGGACCUGAAUCGGAGCAUGGUGAUGCAGAUCAAGAUUUGUCAUCUGAUGAUGAUACAACAUCAUCCUGCUCUACAGAAACUGAAGAUAGACUUGGUUUCAAGAUGGCAGCCCGGGCAGUUGGCUUCCGGAAAAGGGAAAGCAAUGUGGUAUCAACUCAUACGGCAGGGACAGUGCAACCCAACAAUGUGAACCUAUUCUUUGGGAUAACUGAUAUUCUUCAACAUUACAGCGUGCGUAAGCACAUAGAACAUGUUUUGAAGUCUCUGCAAACGGACCAUCCAUCAGUCUCAGGAGUAAAUCCCAAAGGGUAUUCGACUCAUUUUCAGGAAUGCGUCUCCAAAAUAUUUCCAGAAAAUGAUUUUGAUAUCAACAUGCUAUAGAUGAUCUAUCUGAGACAACCACGAGAAGGAGAAAGUAUAUACAAUGCUACAACAGCCUUCAUUACAUGUGGACAAAUUUUACUUUGAAUAUUAUUUUAUGCACAUGUAUAUGGCACUGGAGGAUCUAUUCAUAAUAAUAAACUGUGUUAGGUCAUUAACGCUGCAUGUAAUCGGUUUACAAUAUGGCUGAGCUUUAUUUAUGCCUCUGGACGAACUGGUAUGAGAUCUUGGAGAUAACAUGUUUUUGAUUUGUUGUUA